AUGGCAACCAAAGCUCGCCAUGACUUGGUGGAAGUCUCGUUUGAUGAGAUCCCCCUAGGGCAAGGGUCACAUUCCCACCAUGAGGACAUUUUUUCUGAUCUAUCAGCCCGCAUCCCCAGCCUACAGCCGCUCUCAUCGGGCGCCAGAGCAGCUACCAAGGCAGAGCAAAAGAUGUCACUGCUUACCGGCUGUCAACUUUACCCAAAGGCAAUCUUCUGGUCAAUUUUCCUCUCUUUCACUAUCAUUAUGGAAGGCUACGAUACGACACUUCUCGUCAGCUUCUUUACAUUCCCGGGCUUUAAACAGAAAUAUGGAGCUCCAGACCCAUCUCAACCCGGAAACUUUGAAAUAUCCCCCAAGUGGCAAUCCGCCUUGACCUCUUCAGCUGUGGUAGGCCAAAUUAUCGGGUUGGUUUUGAACGGCUUUCUCGCAGACCGGUUCGGCUAUCGCCGGACAAUACUGACGGCGUUGGUCUCCUUGUGUUGUUUUAUAUCCUUGCCUUUCUUCGCUGUGAAUGUUCAAAUGUUUCUGGCCGGCCAGGUUCUAUGCGGCAUUCCGUGGGGAAUCUUUCAGACCUUGGCCACAACGUAUGCGGCAGAGGUUCUGCCAGUUGCACUUCGGGCGUAUGUUUUGAGUAGCAUGAACAUCUGUUGGUUGGUAGGACAGCUCUGUGCUGUUGGAGUAGUCCGCAGCCAAGCAGGCAAUGGAACGGAGUGGGCAUACCGCUUACCACUGGCCUUACAGUGGGCAUUAGCGUUUCCCAUUAUCAUCGGCGUUUAUUUUGCACCCGAGUCCCCAGGGUGGCUGAUUCGCAAAGAGCGGCCCGAGGAAGCCAGAAGAACAUUAUUACGCCUUACCACAGCCCACGGAGACAGUUUCAACGUUGACGAGGUAGUAGCGAUGAUGACACAUACCAAUGAGACAGAGAAAUAUCUGGGCAACGGUCAAAUUACAUACUUGGACUGCUUCAAAGGGAUUAAUCUCCGACGGACGGAGAUUGCUUGCAUGAUCUGGAUUACACAGCAAGCGUCGUUCUCCAGCUCGGGGACUUACGCUGCAUAUUUCUAUGAGCAAGCCGGUCUCAGCGUGCAAAAUUCCUUCAGCCUUGCCAUCGGUAUGUACGGCAUAGCUAUUGUUGGCGCGAUCCUGUCGUGGUUUUGGAUGAGGAGAGCCGGGCGCCGUAGGAUCUACCUCAUUGGUCUCGCUGCCUCAAUGGUUAUUCUCGCCAUUGCAGGGAGUAUUGGGUUCCUACCUACCACAAAUUCCCAGUCAUGGGCUCUUGGGGGUCUGAUUACCUUCCUCACAUUUAUCUACAACCUCAGCAUUGGGCCUAUAUGUUAUGUCCUCGUUGCAGAAGUUCCUUGCACCCGGCUGCGAGUUAAGACUGUUAUCCUCGCACGUAUCGUUUACAAUGUGGCCUCUAUCGCGACCAAUGUCAUCACCCCACGAAUGCUGAAUCCUACAGCCUGGAACUGGAAGGGCAAGUCGUGCUUUUUCUUUCUGGGAUUCAGCGCCGUGUGUUUUAUUUGGUGCUAUCUACGACUACCAGAGACAUUCGGGUUAAGUUACUUGGAGAUUGAUAUCCUGUUUGAAAAGAGGGCAAAAACCAGCAAGUUCCGAGAGCUCCAACGGCAUCUAGCGAAUAGAGGGUAUUUUAGCGUGCCAGAUGAGAUUCAAAAGCAGCCCGCCAUGUGGUGA